ACUUUCCCUAGACAGUGACCUUGAGUCAGUGCCAACUGGGCAUGUCUGGAAGUGUCAGAGCCCUCCGUUGUGAUCUGUCUCUUUCUACGCAGAUAACUUCUACCUGCGCAAUCUGCCCCCCCAGCCUGCCCUCCUGCCUGCCAACCAUAACUUCCCUAGCGUGGCCCGGGCUGCACCUGCCCAUCCCAUUGGCUCCUGCAGCCGUGACCGGGGUGAGGCUGGGCCUCUACAGAAGGGCCCCAAGGAGUUCGAUCGCUUCCUCAUGGGCAGGGAGCUGGGCAGAGAGAAGGCCAGCAAGGUGGUUGAAAGCAAGGAGCGGCCAGCAGCUGAGGAGGAUGGCGGCAAGGAGCGGCACAAGCUGGUACUGGCUGAUGGGCACUGCAAAGAGGGGGUCCCUGCGCCCCGAGGCACCUGUGAGGGCCGCCCCAAGCACCCCACCUCCUGCCUUCUCAACACCAAGGCACUUGACAGCGACAUAAGCAAGGCUUCACUGGCCAGCUGUGCCGGGGGUGUGCUGGGGAGGCCUGGCACAGGGGUGGUGGCCCCUGGACGCUGUGUGAAGGAGGCGGUGGGCCCUAUGGAGCCUGGGCCAGCCUUCAGCGAGUGCUUGGAGCGGCGACAGAGUCUGCACCACACUGCACCCUACUCAGUGCCGUCGGGCCUGCCUGCCAGGCCUCCUCCGCCCCUUGGCACAGCUACGGGCUCCUAUCCCUGCUUGCAGCUGCAUGGAGGCCCUGAUGGUCUCUGCCCACUGCAGGACAAAGUCCCUCGGGACCUCAAGACCAGCGGGCCCACCUAUGUGCCUUCUGUGGGUCACCUAGCCGACAAGAGCCGCCCCUUCCAGGCAGCUGAGGCCUGUGCUGUGGCGGGUGAGAGCAAGGACCGCCACCUGGAGGGGGCCACAGCUCCCGACCAUGCUGCACCAUACGGAGUCUCCUAUGCCCAUCUGAAGGCCGAGGGCAAGGCUGAGCGGCGGCCUGGGGGCUUCGAGGCAGCCCUCAACCCCCGGCUAAAGGGCUUGGAGUAUCUCAGCAGUGCAGGCCCUGAGGCUACCUUCCCAGGUCUCCCCAAAGGCUGUCUGGACAAAAGCGCCUACUUUGAGUUGCCCACCCCUUCGCAGGACUGUGCUCGACCUGGUCACCAAGACCUGCUGGGUGGGAAGGCUACCCAGGCCUGCUGCACUUUAGACAAGACCCCCAGCAAGGAAGGCCCCACUGGUGCCCCUGGGACCCAGAAGGUGGCCCGGAUCAGGCAUCAACAGCAUUUGGUGGCCCCUGAACCGGAGCCAGGGAGUACCGGGGCUGAGGCCAAGCGCAAGUCCCUAGAGCUGGCUUCUCUGGGCUAUGGAGGGCCCCAUCUGCCUCCGUGGGGUGUCCAGGCAGGCCAAGGCACAGCCAUGGCCAUCAGUGAGGAGCAGAAAUCCAGUGCCUACCUGGAUCCCUUCAGCGGUGGCCUGCAGCAAGCUGCACUUCUGUCCCAGGAGCUGCCCACCCCGCCGGACGAGGUCUCGGCCAUGAAGAACCUGCUCAAGUAUAGCAACCAGGCCCUGGCCGUGGGCCAGAAGGCACCAUUCGUGGGCCUGGGCGGCCUCAAGGCCAGCUGCGUGCAGCAGGAAGCCAAGUUCCCAUCUGCCAAGGGCCCGGGCCCAGCAGAGAGGCCUGACUGUGCCCGCAGCCGUGAGCAUGAUACCCCAAUUGGUGAUGGGGAGGCACGCCAGCCGCCUGUGGGCAUCGCGGUGGCCUUAGCCCGCCAAAAGGAGACUGUGAGCCGGUCAGAGACAGCCUACGGUGCCAACACUGGGCGACAGGGCCGGGCUGCCCCCACAUUCAAAGCUGGCGGGGGGGCCCGCUCCACACAUGUGCUGGACCUGGAGGCUGAGGAAGAGAGGACACGGCUAUGUGAUGAUCGCUUGGGGCUGGCCAGUCGCGAGCUGCUAUUGCAGGACAACAAAGAUCUCGUGGACUUCACCCGGAUGCACCCAUCCAGCAGCUGCCCCGGAGACCUGGCCCCUCACCUCAUGAUGCAGGGCGGCCAGCUGGGUGGGGACUCAACCCCACAUCCCCACCCCGCGCACCCCCCCUGGCUGCCCCGCACCCGCAGCCCCUCCUUAUGGAUGGGGGGACAUUCCUAUGGUCUGGGGCACCCCGCCCUACACCAGAACCUGCCCCCUGGCUUCCCUGCCUCUGUGGCUGGCCCUGUGCCCUCCGUCUUCCCCCUCCCCCAGGACACCCCCACGCAGCUGGUCAUCCUGCCCUCAGAGCCCACCCCCCACAGUGCCCCACACACACUUGCCGAUGUCAUGGACCAGACCUCUCUGUGGCCCUCCAUGUAUGGGGGCCGGGGCCCUGCCCCCCACAUGCAGCACCCAGGUCAGCUCCCUGUCUACUCACGCCCCCAACUCCUGCGGCAACAGGAGCUCUAUGCCCUGCAGCAGCACCAGGAACAGCAGCAUCAGCAGCCUCGGGCUGCCCAGUUCCAGCGGAAGCCAGAGGACCACCCCCUGGAGCUGGAGGAACCCACACAGGAGAAGGCCCUGAAGUCCACCCACAAGCCGAUUGCCUUAACCCCCUCGGCCCAGGGCGCCCCCUCGCCUGCCACAGGCUCUACCAAGCUGCCACCUUGCUGCCACCCACCCACCCUGAAGCCUCCAGCCAGCUGCCCCACACCACCACCGCGGCCCAGCGCCCCGUGCACUUUAUCCGUCUGCUCUGCCGGUAGCCCCGGGCCUGGCUCCAAGGUGCCCAGCACCAAGGAUGAGAUUGGGGACAGCCAUCAGCCUGGGACCAGUGUUACCUCACUGGAACCAGACCUGCCUCCUGGGUACACACGCCCAGCAGCCACCACCGGCUUCUCCUCCUUGCCCUCAGACAUGCACUCAUCUGACCUCGAGGACCCCAAAACUAUGCAAACCGCUGCCCCAGGGGCCCAGCCCGAGCCUACGAGGACGUUCCUGCCUGGAGAGCCACCUCCAUGCAGCCCUGUGAGCCUGGAAGAUACCGGGCUGCUCUUGGGGACCAAGGAGGCCACCCAGGACCUUGCCACCACCCCACACCCUGCCGAGCGGGGAGCCCAGGGGAAAGCGGUGGACCCCAGCCCUCUUGAGGGGCUGCAAGAACUGCAGUGUGAGAUCCUCCUCAAGGGAGGGGGCUCCGAGGCCGAUAGCCAGGCUCAUUCUACUCAGGGAGGGGCGCAGGAGGAGAGGAGCAAGAAGGAGGAAAGGGAGGAGGGGCACCAAGGGCCCUCACUGGGGGCCUCCCUCCAGGCCCGAGAACAGCAGGCAGGGAGCCUGGGUACCCUGGGUGAGGAGGGGGAGCAGCUAGCCCCUGCAGAGGCCAAGCUAGAGGACUCAGAGGAGGAGCAUGAGGCUGCUGCUGACCACAGCACGCCAGCCAGAGCACUGCCAGGCCUGGACGCCCUGGUGGCUGCCAUCAUCAACCUGGGGGACCUGCCAAGCAACAACCUGCUGGACCCUCAGCCCCCAGUGGUCUCCAGGUCCCCCAGCACAGCCACCCUGCCCAGUAGCUCAGGGAUUCAUGGAAUCGCUCUGCUCAGCGAGCUGGCCGACCUGGACCUCCAAUGGCAAAGGAGUGCGCAGGCCAUACCAGAGGAGGAGGAGGAUGUGCUGGCCUUCAACCUACAGCACCUGGCUACACUGGCCACAGCCUGGUCCCUGGUGGAGGCUGCUGGCCUGGACAGCCCCCCUGCCUCAGCACAGCCCUCCACUGGGCAGCCCUGCAGUGGCCCCCGGCUCACCCCACGCAUGCAGAUCCUGCAGCGCAAAGAUACCUGGGCCCCCAAGACCAAACCUGUGUGCCCAUUGAAGGCUGCCAUCGACCGGCUGGACACACAGGAGGUAGAGAUGCGCAUGCGGCUGGCGGAGCUGCAGCGACGCUACAAGGAGAAGCAACGGGAGCUGGCCCGCCUGCAGCGCAGGCAUGACCGCCAGAGAGAGGAGAGCUCUCGGAGCCCUGCACGGCGGGGGCCUGGCCGGCCGAGGAAGCGGAAGCACUCCAACUUGCUGCCUGCCCUGCGGCCUGGGAGCCAGCUAGCCAGGACUGAUGGCAAGAAAGUCAAGGCAGUGCGUACCAGCCUGAGCAGGCUCUGCGUGGAGCUGCGGGGAGGCGAGCGUGAGCCCACCCAGAAGCGGCGCAGACUGGAAAAAAGCAUCUACGCAGGCCUGCAGGCGGCCUCUGUGGAGAAGGCACGAUGCAAGAAGAGCAGCGGCCAGAGUGGGCUGGUGUCUUCGGUGGCCCAGAAAGCGGCUCGGCUGAAGCCAAAGGUCAAAAGCAGAGGACUGCCCACAGGCCUCGGUCCCUUCCAGCGGCUAGAGGUCAGCCCAGAGGGCCGCAUCCGCAGGGAGCUGUCCCGAACCAAGAGCACCAAGGCCCCAGGGGCAGCCCGGCGCCCACAGCCUGAGGGUGACAGUAGCAGGGACCUGCCCAGGUUCCCCAUCCAGCCAGUGGGGGCCUCAUCCCAUGAGACAGGCAGCGGCUAUGACAGUGAGGACUGCGGGACAGAGGCACCACCCAGGGAGCCUGGGCUGGUGCUGCACACAGGGCCCGGUGUGGCCGUGCUGGGGCCCUCACCAUCCUCCGUGGUCAAGAUGGAGGCCAACCAGAAGGCCAAAAAGAAAGAGGAGAGGCAGGGCCUGCUCGGGUCCUGCCGCCUGUCCAGCCCCGAGGGGGAGGUGAAGAUCAGGAGGCGGACAGUGAAGGCCGAGGCCAAGCGGGAUCGGGCCCCAGGGCGGAAGCUGCAGGGAGCACCAGCUAAGAAGAAGGCCAAGGGUGGCCUGCGUGCAGAGCCACGGGCCACCCCCAGCAGGGAGGCCCUCUUCAGCCCCUCUCGGGCCUUUGCCUGCCAUGAGGAGGGCAGCAAGCUGGCCAGUGAGCGUCUAAAGAGAGCCACUCGCAAGAGCACAGUGCUACAGCCAGUGCUGCGGCGGAAGAACGGGGCCCUGUCCAUCGCCCUGGCCGCCCGCAACGCCAAGGCCAUCCUGGGCAAGGGCAGGAAGCUGGGCAAAGUGAAGGGCAAGACAGUCCGCAAGCAGGGCAAGGGCCGGGCUGUGAGCCGCCUGCUGGAGAGCUUCGCUGUGGAGGACGAUUUCGAGUUUGAUGACAACAGCAGCUUCUCAGAUGAGGAGGAAGAGGAUGAGGAAGCGGUCAAUGGCCCGCUGAGCGUGGAGCAGAGCACUGCCCUGGCACGCUCCUGUACCAUCCACAAGGAGGACUUGCAGGAUGGGCUGCCAGUGUUGAUCGCCAAGGAGGACAGCCUGCUGUACGCGGGCAGCGUGCGGACCCUGCAGGCACCCGACAUCUACAGCAUCGUCAUCGAGGGUGAGAGGGGUAACCGGCAGCGGGUCUACUCACUGGAGCAGCUCCUGCAGGAAGCGGUUCUUGAUGUGCGGCCACAGUCUAGCCGGUACCUCCCACCCGGCACUCGGGUCUGCGCAUACUGGAGCCAGAAGUCCCGCUGUCUGUACCCGGGCAAUGUAAUCCGAGGCACCUCUGGUGACGAGGAGGAGGACCUGGACUCUGUUGUGGUGGAGUUCGAUGACGGGGACACAGGCCACAUCGCUGUCUCCAACGUCAGGCUCCUGCCCCCAGAUUUCAAGAUCCAGUGCACAGAGCCCUCCCCAGCCCUGCUGGUGUCCAGUAGCUGCCGGAAGCCCAAGAAGGUGUCCAGCGAGGCCCCCCCACCCAGCAAGGCCACCGCCCCCAGCCUGUCCCCCAAAGCGCAGGACAGCUCUGAAGCCUCAAAGCCCCUUGGGAAGAAAUCCCUUAGUAAAGACAAAACUGGCAAAACCGAACUCCUAACCUCAGGUGCCAAGCCCUCCGCAGGGGCCUCAGACCACUUCCUGGGCCGUCAGGGCAGCCCCCUUCUGAGCUGGUCGGCAGUGGCCCAGACCAAGCGGAAAGCAGUGGCCGCAGCCACAACGAGCAAGGGGCCGGGGGUGCUGCAGAACCUCUUCCAACUCAACGGCAGCACCAAGAAGCUGCGAGCCCAUGAUGCUCUGUUUCCUGUGCACAGUGUGGCCACACCCGUGUUCGGCAAUGGCUUCCGCGCAGACUCCUUCAGCAGCCUGGCCAGCUCCUAUGCGCCCUUUGUCAGUGGGGCCGGCCCGGGCUUGCCUGGGGGUGCCCAUAAGCUGCUUCGAGCCAAGAGGGCUGAGCGGAUAGAGGCUGAGAAGGGCGGGCGGCGAAGGGCGGGCAGCGAGUUCCUAGUCAAGCUGGACCGUGAAGGCGUGACCUCUCCCAAGAAUAAGAACUGCAAGGCACUGCUGACUGGGGACAAAGACUUUAGCCCAAAGCUGGGGCGUGCCCUGCCCAGCCCCAGCUAUGCACACCCAGCCCUAGUGGGCAAGGACAGGAAAGGGCGGGCACCUGUCCACCCGCUGCCCAUGGGGCUGACACUCCGCAAGUUCACGGGUCAGGCUGAGUACCCCCUACCCUGUGACAGCGACUGCCACAGCUCCUACUCAGAUGAGGAUGAAGACGGGCCAGGGCUGGCCACUGGUAUGCCCUCACGCUUCCUCACCCGCCUAUCUGUGUCAUCCUCUUCGUCUGGUUCCUCCACCACCUCCUCCUCAGGCUCCGUGUCCACCUCCAGCCUCUGCUCCUCUGACAACGAGGACUCAUCCUACAGCUCAGAUGACGAGGACCCUGCCCUGCUCCUGCAGACCUGCCUCUCCCACCCCGUGCCCACUCUGCUGGCCCAGCCUGAGGCUCUGCGCGCCAAGGGGGGCGGCCCUCACACGCACACCCAGCGCUGCUUCCUGUCCCGGCCUGCAGUGGCCUCGGGUGUGGGCGCCGGCCCUAGUGGAGGCAAACCCAGACUGAAGUGCAAGGAGGCCCUGAGCUUCUCCAAAGCCAAAGAGCUUUCCCGGAGGCAGCGGCUGCCCUCUGUGGAAAACCGGCCAAAGAUCUCAGCCUUCCUGCCUGCCCGGCAGCUCUGGAAGUGGUCAGGGAACCCCACACAGCGGCGCGGCAUGAAGGGGAAGGCAAGGAAGCUGUUCUAUAAGGCCAUCGUGAGGGGCAAGGAGACACUGCGUGUCGGGGACUGUGCAGUCUUCCUGUCUGCCGGGCGGCCCAACCUGCCCUACAUAGGCCGCAUCGAGAGCAUGUGGGAGUCGUGGGGCAGCAACAUGGUGGUGAAGGUCAAAUGGUUCUACCACCCCGAGGAAACCAAGCUGGGCAAACGGCAGUGUGAUGGCAAGAACGCGCUGUAUCAGUCCUGCCACGAGGAUGAGAAUGAUGUGCAGACCAUCUCCCACAAGUGCCAGGUCGUGGGGCGCGAGCAGUACGAGCAGAUGGCCCGGAGCCGGAAGCGCCAGGGCCGGCAGGACCUCUACUACCUAGCAGGCACCUAUGACCCCACCACAGGGCGCCUGGUGACAGCUGACGGUGUGCCCAUCCUGUGCUGAGCCCGCUUGGCACACAGCGUAUAGAGGCGAGAGGUCAGACAGAGCCUGUUGGGGGGGGUGGGGCAGGCACGGGCAAAGCUCUCGCAAUGUCCAUGGAAAGAGAGAGCUUCCCGGCCACAGAGCCCUGUCCAUCCCCUCUGCUGCAGAGGGUCCUGCUGUGCCCCUGCCAGGCUGCAGCCUGCCCCAUCUGUGGACCCUCUUGUUUUCUGCAGUUCACGAGAGAUUAGAAUCCAAGCCAUAUUUCCCUAGUACCUCCGACUGUCUCCCACCAGGGAAAGCAGAAAUCAGGUGUGUUGUCUAUUUAUUUCUCUAUGUAAAUAUUGUAUUUGUGUGGGGAAGUUUUAUGGGAAAAAAGUGGGAAAGGAUUUUUCCCCAUCCAAAUGACAAGGGUGCGUGUGUCUGUAGGGACUGUUUAGGGUUUCUUUGGAAAUGCACUGUUCUCAGCCUCGCUGAGUUCCAACUGGGGCAUCUGUGAUAACAGAAGCAGCUUGGAGUCGGGGCAGAGGCCAAAGGCCACAGGAGGGUCAGGUGGACCCUCAGGGACAUGCUCUAAUCUCCUGGGGGGCUGCUGUGUAAGAGGAAACUCACACUCACAUUUAUUUCCUGCCAGUACAUCUCCUAGACAAGGAAGUCCUGGGCAGGGAGCCAUGAUGAGGGCCCCACAGCCAGAGAGGGGGUUCUCCAUGUCACCUGCAGCCCAGGACCAGCCGGCCCCUAGCUGGAGUAUGACAGCAGCCAUGUGUCUCUUACCUCUGUUUAAAAUGAAACAAAGACAAACAAGUAUUUUAAACAUUGAUUAGAAAACAAGUAAUGUUUUGAUUUUAUUUCUUGAGUAUUUCAGCUUACAUCUGAUUUCAGUUUCCACGGCCAGUUUGUCUGAGGAGUUAUCCUCCCCCCAGAGAGGGAGGGGCUGGCCCCUCACACUGUCUGCCCUCCCCAGCCCCUGACUCUGUGGGAAGCAGAAUGGCGUGAAGCUUCCUCACCCAAAUGCCCUUUGCUGAGAGCAGCAGAAUGGCUCUGCCCUCUUUGGGCUGGUCCAUAGACCCACUCAAUCCAUCUCCCCAAACAACAUCACCACUGCCCAAAACUCUAGCCACCAUCUUUGGCCUGCUCAGAGCUUGGGACAAUGGCAAGGCCUGGCCAAAGGUGUGGGGCCUGGGGGAUAAGGCUAGGUCUGCCAUCGCCACGCUGGCCCUGGGCCCCAAAGAGGUUUCUGGGCCUUCUUUGCAGCCACCAGAUGGCCUGUUGUGGUAGUGCCUGGAGUGGACAGCAAGGGUCUCUCCUGACUGCCUGUGCCCACGCUCUAGACUCUGGUUCAGGGAGCACCUCUGGGGCUCUGCCCCAGUAACCCCAGAAACCAAGGACAACUUGGCACCCCUUCCCUUCUCCCUUGGCUGACAAGGACAAACAGGGCCAGCCAGACCUGCAGCCUGAGCCCUCAUCCUGAGAAAAGUGUUGAGAGCCCCUGGCUCCCCAUGUCUGUCCUCGACAGGCUGUCCUGGCCCACAGGGAGAUGCAGGAAAGUCCCUGCAAGCGGCAGCUGCUCUGGGUGAGUUCCGCGUGAGCCACAGCUAGGUCCCUCAGAAGCACGGGUCGUGGGGGCCCCAGACCCCGACCCCGGCGCCUGUUACUUUUGCCUGCUUCUGGCCACCCAAGGGCCACUCAUGGUGGCUGCACAGGAAACUUGAGGCAGGAGGGGCGACUUUGUGAUAGAGGACCCCUGCAUGUAGCUUCCUGCUCCCACCUUGAGUUUACCCUUUGUCUUGGCACGAGUGCAAUAUUUGCUCCUGGUGGGUGUCAGGAAGAUGACCAGCCAUGGCCCUGCCCAAGGCUGGGGAAUCAGAAAAAUGUCUCAAGAAGAAUGCAGCUGGGCACGACGGCUCAAGUCAGGGCCGUUUAGCCCCAAGCACUGAGUAGGAGCCAGGAGGAAGGGCCCUCCCUAGCAGCCUUGUCUCUUGUCCCUCUGCUGGUCCCCCCCCCAUGUCCUGUAGCUCUCUCUUCCCCUUUCUCCUUUCUGUAUGUGUAUGAAUGGUAUGACCCCUGCCCUUUAUUCGUGGUUAAACGUGGCGAAAGCACGAUUCUUGUAAAUGUGUAAACUAAGAGGAUGGUUGGAAUUUUUUUUCAAUGUAAACACUAAAAACAAAACAAAAACACAAAGGUUUUAUGAACAGCAAACUAUGUAAAGGCAUUUUAGUAUUAAAUUUUUUAUUGAUAACUUGCUUAAGAAUAAAUAUAUGAACUAUUGUACAG